UUGAAACGCCGGGGUGCGUCGCACUGUCGCUUCGCUUGCGCUCUUCGCGUCCGUUCCCCCCCAAAGCCACGAUAAAUAUGCGCUCGAGACCGACCCUUUCGGCCGUAAUCUCCUCCGCUCAAGCCGUAGUAGGGUUUCCGUAGCCCAGCCCAUGUCGACGCGCGACGGCGGAGGCGGCCGGCGUGGCGGCAAUGCAGCAGCAGGCCGUGGAGGUGACGGCCAAGGGCGGGGCCGUGGAGGGGGCGGCCGAGGUGGCGCCGGCGGCCGUGGCGGUGGCGGCCAAUGGCGGGCCCAAGGCGGCGCGGAGCUUGGCGGUGGCCGAGGUGGAGCCGUCGGCGCAGCGCGUGGCGGCCGCGGAGGUGUCGAGAGAGGGGGUCACCAGUCCUUCCACGGCGCCAGGCCGGUCGGUGGGGACCGAGGCGGACGCGGACACUACCACCAUGGCGUGCCUGCUCAGGUCCAGCCGCAGUGGCAAGUGGCCGCGCCGCCUUCGACGUCGAGGCCGACACCCGCGGAAGUCGAGGAGCUGAGAGGCGAGGUGGAGAGGAAGGCGGCGGUGGCGGUGCCAGACGCAGAGGCGCACGAGGGGCCGUCGUCGGGCACCGCGCAUGAGCCUUCCGCCGCGCCGGCGCGGGUCGAAGCGGAGCAAGGGACGUCGCUGGUGGUGGAGGCAGACCAGGCCGCUCAGGGGAGGCUGCCUCCGUCGUCGAGCAAGGCGCUGGUUUUCCCCGCGCGGCCGGGGUACGGCACGCUCGGCCGGAGGUGCCGCGUGCGCGCCAACCAUUUCUUCGUUCAGGUGGCGGACAAGGAGAUCUACCACUACGACGUCGUGAUUAGUCCAGAAUCGCAGUCAAGGAAAAGAAAUCGUUGGAUUCUUAACGAACUCGUUAAAUUGCACAAGAAUUACUUGAAUGGGCGACUGCCUGUUUAUGAUGGUAGAAAGGGCCUUUUCACUGCUGGUCCGCUACCGUUCAAAACCAAAGAAUUUGUUCUGGAACUAACCAAUCCUGAGAGAGCAAACCAGGGGUAUGGUGUUGUAUUCUGUUUUUCAAGCUCACGCUUGUUCUUUGUAUGUGCUUAUUCACGUUGCAUUAAUCCUUGCCUUACUGCCUGCAGGGCGAAAGAGUACAGCGUGACCAUAAAAGAUGCUGCCAAAUUAGAUCUUUACAGCCUUAGGCAGUUCUUGGCUGGUAGGCAGAGGGAACUGCCACAGGAUACUGUCCAAGCCCUCGAUAUUGCUAUGCGAGAAUGCCCAACUGAAAAGUAUGUAUCCAUCUCAAGGUCAUUUUUCUCUCAGUCAUUUGGACAUGGUGGUGAUAUUGGCAGUGGUGUGGAAUGCUGGAGGGGGUACUACCAAAGUCUACGUGCUACACAAAUGGGAUUGUCUUUAAAUAUUGAUAUUUCAGCAACUGCAUUUUACAAGGCUCAACCGAUUUUGGAGUUUGCAUUGGAGUACCUCAACAUACGUGACACCUCAAGGCGUUUGUCUGACCAGGAUCGCUUAAAACUGAAGAAAGUCCUCAAAGGAGUACGUGUUGUGGCAACACAUCGUCGUGAUAUAGCCAUACAUUACAAGAUUACUGGGAUAACCUCACUUCCCUUGAAUAGUUUAACGUUUAAUCAAGAUGGGGCAAGUGUUUCAGUUGUCCAAUACUUUAAACACCAAUAUAAUUACAGUUUGAAACACAUUCACUGGCCAUGCCUUCAAUCUGGCAAUGAUAGUAGGCCGACUUAUUUACCAAUGGAGGUUUGCAGUAUACUUGGCGGUCAACGCUAUUCUAGGAAGCUAAAUGAGUACCAAGUCACAAGCAUCCUGAAGAAGGCAUGUGAGCGACCACCUCAAAGGGAGGGCAGCAUUUUAGAGGUAGUUAAUAGGAACGACUAUGGUAAUGAUCAUUGUGCCAAAGAAUUUGGUAUUAAGGUGACAAAUGAACUUGCCUUGGUUGAUGCACGGGUGCUGCCAGCUCCGACGCUUAAGUACCAUGACUCUGGACGAGAAAAGGUGUGUAGUCCUUCCGUUGGUCAGUGGAACAUGAACAACAAGAGAUUGAUCGAUGGAGUAUCCAUUCAGUAUUGGGCUUGUGUGACUUUUGCUUCUCGGUUGCAUCCAAAUGAUGUCCGCAUGUUUUGCAACAACUUGGUUGGGGCGUGCAAUGAUAUGGGCAUGCAAAUAAAUGGGAGACCUUGUGUUGAUGUUGGGCAAGCACGCCCAGAUAACUUAGAAGCUGCACUCAGAAAUACUCAUAGACAAUCUGCACAAAUGCUUGCCCAACAAGGCGUGACUAGACAGCUUGAUUUACUAAUUGUUGUAUUACCAGAUGCAAAUGCAAGUGUCUUUUAUGGUAGGAUAAAGCGUCUUUGUGAAACUGAACUUGGUUUAGUAACUCAAUGUUGUCAACCAAAGAAUGUUUUUAAAGGUGGCCGACAAUAUCUCCAAAACCUGGCUCUUAAAAUUAAUGUUAAGGUUGGUGGCCGUAAUACAGUUCUCGAAGAUGCUUUAAAUAGGAGAAUACAUUUGUUAACAGAUUUACCUACAAUUAUCUUUGGAGCUGAUGUUACCCACCCAGCUCCAGGGGAAGAUGCAUCCCCGUCUAUUGCAGCGGUUGUUGCAUCAAUGGAUUGGCCACAAGUUGCAAAGUACAGGUGCUUGGUGUCUUCUCAAGGUCAUAGGGAAGAGAUCAUAACUGAUCUUUUCACACAAGUGAAGGAUCCACAAAAGGGACUUAUUAACGGUGGAAUGAUCAGGCAUGCCGAACAUCUUAGGGAACUACUCGUGUCAUUCUAUAAGGCAAACGGGAGCCGCAAACCAAGCAGGAUAAUUUUCUAUCGAGAUGGUGUCAGUGAGGGGCAGUUUAGCCAGGUCUUGCUUUAUGAAGUGGAUGCAAUUCGAAAGGCGUGUGCCAGCUUGGAAGAGGGCUACCUUCCUCCAAUUACAUUCAUUGUGGUGCAAAAGCGCCAUCACACACGGCUUUUCCCUGAAGAUCAUCAUGCACACGGACAGAUGGAUCGAAGUGGAAACAUUUUGCCAGGAACUGUUGUUGACACGAAGAUAUGCCAUCCAAGUGAAUUCGACUUCUACCUUUGUAGCCACUCUGGCAUACAGGGAACGAGCCGGCCAGCACACUACCAUGUUCUGUUUGACGAAAACAAAUUCACUGCCGAUGCACUGCAAACGUUGACCUACAAACUGUGCUACACGUAUGCGCGAUGCACUCGAUCAGUCUCUAUAGUUCCCCCGGCGUACUACGCACACCUGGCGGCCUUCCGUGCGCGCCACUACAUGGACGAUGACCUCUCCGACCAGGGGUCGUCUUCAGUGGCGAGUUCUCGCAUGAAAGAUGGCGCUGUUCCGGUGAAGCAGCUGCCGAAAGUGAUGGAGAGCGUCAAACAGUUCAUGUUCUACUGCUGAAGGUGGCCUUUGCAGGAAGGACCUUCAUCGACACUUUUGUUGCCAUGAAAUGAAACGAGUAAUUCUGGGUUGGUGUAAUUAUGGUGAAGUAACCCUGAAGGGUGGGCCGCACGACCUCCAAAUCAUAUUUUGGGUCUGGCGAGUCUUCUAUCCAAAACUCGUCAGAAAACGCCUUUUAUUUUUGGUGGACUUCGUAUAAGUCCAAGGCAUUGCCUGUGAUUUUGGGGUUUCUUUUAGGUUGCAACCUUGUUUUGUUUUUGAAAUUUUCUGCUUUGAAUUGAUGCAUUAUAUAUGAAGAAAUGAGCCUCUCA